CUUUAUUGUCAUUUCAACCAUAUACAGCUAGUUAGUACACAGUGAAACGAAACAACGUUACUCCAGGACCAAGGUGCUACAUAGACCAAAACACAGAACUACAGGAUACAUUACAUAUAUUUACAUAAAGUGCACAGUGCAAACAUGUGCAGACGGCACAAGACAGUACAAAAACAAGUCAGAACAAGUAAAACUGUACAUCUGAGCAGGUGUGGACAAUAGUGUUUACUAUAGUUUCUUCCUAUGGUUUACUGUGCCGAGUAAAUGUGAAGCUGCAAACUGUUAAAAUUGGCGUUCUUUUAAACAAAGGGAAUUGUGUGCACCACCGCGAAACUCUCUUCUUCCCUUGAUCGCUUUCUUAUAUUUGCGUGUGAUCUCACUCUGUUCAGUGCUCCGUUAAUGUUGAGGAAAAGUAAGUUCCAAAUUCCGUGGCGUUAUUCCCAUUAAUGUUACUGCGCUUUGGAACUUAUUUUGUCAUUGGAAACAUUUUUUUUUGUUUCUACCGCUGGCUAUCCAACCAAGUGCAAGUCUUUUAAAGUCCCUGCCAUAUGUGUAUUCCCUUUAGUUCUCCUUUUUUCACAUACCAGGAGGCAUGGCCACGUAUCUCGCGUGAUUCGUGGUAAUUCUAAUUAUAAUUUUUAUAUAAGCUCAGUCACACUGUCACGUAAGCUCUAGAGCAGAGCUUUCCCUUGCACACGCACUAGGGGUGCAAUGAAUAAUCGACGUAGUCAACAAAAUUCGAUGACCAAAUUAGUUGCCAACGAAUUUAGUCGUCGAUUAUUAGUUGGUUACGUCAAGUAGUAAAACUGUGUAGUUUCGUUUGUUGUUUUGUUCUGGUUUUUUAUUGUUGCUACUUUUACUUUUUCUAUUGCUCCUUGUUUUACCAAAAAAGUGGGCACUUGAUUUUCAAUUUAAUUUUUCAUAUCAGCACUUUGCCUUCCUUUGUUUUAAAUGGAAAAUGAUGGAUUUUUUUUAUUUAACCUUUGUCUUAAACAUAGUCUAAUGAGCAGUGAUGUUGAAUAGACAUUGAGUUGAAUAAAUGACAUCUUUUUGAUUAAAGUAUACAUCUUUAUUGUCUUAAUCUCCUCGAUUAACUAAUAGAACUGGUUUAAUUAGACUGAUCAUUUUAUUAGACUGGUUAAUUACAUUUACAGUGAAGCAUCUAUAUUACUGGUAUGUACCUUAUGGUUCCUGUAUAAACAGAACAGUUUCCUCUAUAAUAUUGUAUAUAGAACUGAUAUAGUUGGGAUUAUGAACAUUUAAAAAAUGCGUAUAAAUUUAGUUUACAUGCUAAAUUUGUGCAGGGACAUUGUGUAGCAGAAGACCAAACCCAUGCAGACACAUGAGUACAUACACAAUCCUUUCCCAUCCUGUUAGGAAGGAAGAGUGACAUUCCAGCAAAGAGCCACACAAAUAACCAUGAGAGUCUUGAAACCUCAGACUAUGACUAUAAGCCUUUCACCAGAGAAUGCAGAGCUGGCGAAUGUUUCAACAUAGGAAACGUGAAAGGCAAGAGAAGCAUUUAGAGAACAAGCUUCUGCCAUCAUGUCACAUUAUAUCAAAAAAGUGUGAACAGUCUCAUUUUCUGCGGGAACAUGAGAAGGUGCAGGAGCAGUCACUGCACUAUGAGGAGAGGAUAACUGAGCUCCACAGCAUCAUCGCUGAACUCAAUGAGAAGAUCGGCUUGCUGCAGUGCACCACCAUCAGAGAAGAAGAUGAGUUUUCAGAGUUGCGCUCCGAGCUCAGCCAUAGCCAACAGGAAGCCAAUGAUGAUGAGCACAGUGUGGACCAGUACCCCGACCAAGCAUCUCAUGUGUCAUUUCCUGAAAACCAGUCAAUGCUGGUCACUGCAGACAUGGAUAACUGCAGUGAUCUAAAUUCAGAGUUGCAACGAGUGCUGAUGGGCCUCGAGAGUGUGGUAUGUGGCCGCAAGAAGAGCGCCUGCAGCCUCUCAGUGGCUGAGGUGGACAGACACAUUGAGCAGCUCACCACAGCCAGCCAGCACUGUGACCUCGCCAUUAAGGAGACGGCUGGGCUGAUGACAUACCCCCUAACCUCCAGAGUCAAUGGACCUUCUGAUUUGGACAGAGUGGCAGAUUUUCAAACUGUAGAGGAGAUCGAGGGGGCACUGGGCAAAGAUUUUUACCCAAGUCUGUGUGAGGAGCGUGUUCGCUGGGAGAAGGAGCUGGAAGGUUUGCAAGAAGAGAAUGAGAGUUUGACAGCGAUGCUGAGCAGCAAAGAUGAAGAGCAUAAUCGCACCAAAGCCACCAUGAGUGCCAUUCGUGAGGAGAGAGACCGUCUCCGCCGCCGUGUGCGGGAGCUGCAGAUUCGUCUACAGCAGAGUGUCCAGUCUGGUGGGAGUCAGUCCAGUCCAGGCCGUGUGACUCCUGCCGGGCGAGCCAUCAACCCGAGCACAGGCGAGCUCAGCACCAGCAGCAGCAGCAAUGACAUCCCUGUAGCCAAGGUGGCAGAGAGAGUAAAGCUUUCCAAAACCCGGUCAGAGUCAUCGUCAAUGGAGAGAGCCGUGCUGGGCUCAGAGAUUAGCAGUAUUGGGGUGUCCACUAAUGUAGCAGAGCAUCUGGCACACUCUCUGCAGGACUGUUCUAACAUCCAGGAGAUCUUCCAGACUAUUUACUCCCAUGGCUCUUCCAUCUCAGAUAAUAAAAUCCAGGAGUUUGAGGUUGAGACCGAGCGACUAAACAGUCGAAUCGAGCACCUGAAGUCCCAGAAUGAUCUAUUAACCAUCACAUUAGAGGAAUGUAAGAGCAAUGCAGAGAGGAUGAGCAUGCUGAUGGGCAAAUAUGAGUCCAAUGCAACAGCGCUGCGCCUGGCUCUGCAUUACAGUGAGCAGUGUAUCGAGGCCUAUGAGCUACUGCUGGCUCUGGCAGAGACGGAGCAGGGUCUGGUGCUGAGCCAGUAUAGAGUGGCUAGAGUCAGCAAUGUGGGAGAACAGGGCAGUGAGGAGAGCAUCCCUCAGAUGCUGAAGCGAGCUCAUGACUGCAGGAAGACGGCAGAGAAUGCAGCUAAAGAUUUGCUGGUUCGGCUGGAUGGCAGCUGUGGAGGCGUAUUUACUGUCACUGGCUGCAGUGUGCAACCCUGGGAGAGCCUGUCCUCCAACAGCCACACCAGCACAACCAGCUCCACAGCCAGCAGCUGUGACACAGACUUUUCUAAAGAGGACGAGCAGCGUCUGAAGGAUUACAUCCAGCAGCUGAAGAAUGAUGGGGCGGCUGUUAAGCUCACCAUGCUGGAGCUAGAGAGUGUACACAUUGACCCUCUGAGCUAUGACCUCAAACCUCGUGCAGACUCACACCGACUUGACCUGGAGAACGCUGUACUCAUGCAGGAGCUCAUGGCUAUGAAGGAGGAGAUGGCAGAGCUGAAGGCUCAACUUUAUCUGUUGGAGAAGGAAAAGAAGGCUCUGGAGCUGAAGCUGAGCACCCGGGAGGCACAAGAACAGGCGUAUUUGGUACACAUUGAGCAUCUGAAAUCGGAAGUAGAGGAGCAACAGGAACAGCGCAGAAGGUCACUCAGUUCUACAGGCAGCAGCACCAAGGACAAAAAUGCCAAAGACUCUGAUUCUUCAGUGAUUAAUGUGUCAGAGCUGAGAAGCCUCAAUGACAGUGACCUGGCAGCAGAGCUCACCAAUGCCCUCCAUAAGGAAAUGAAGCUGAAGGUCCGGGUGAAGGACCUGGUUACCGCGCUGGAGAAACUCACCAAAAGCAGUGAGAUUCGGCACCAGCAAUCAGCAGAGUUUGUCAGUGACCUCAAACGAGCCAACAGUAACCUGGUGGCGGCAUAUGAGAAAGCCAAAAAGAAACAUCAGAACAAGCUAAAGAAGCUGGAGUCCCAAAUGAUGGCCAUGAUGGAGAGACAUGAGACACAGGUGCGCAUGCUCAAACAGCGCAUCACCCUUCUAGAGGAGGAGACAUCACACCCACACACCAAUGAGACCUCUCUCUGAUACACACAGCAGGACUCAAUAAUACAAGCUCUGGCUCUUCUCAUGGAGAAAUACAACUACAGUUUGGUGAGCAUCCUGAUCUACAGGCUCACAGAAAACAGUGUGUUCUUACACACAUUCCUCCUUAAAACUUUGUGUGUGUCCACUACUCAACCAAUGAGUGAGCCAAAUAUAAUCAACAGAUGAGCAUUGAGCAUUCUUCAGGGCACAUACUGUAUAUGGCGGCAGCCUUGCUAUAAGCCAGAAUGUACCUGCCACCUUUGCUGAAAGUAUUUUUAAAACACGUUUUUUGGGUUUUUUUUGGAAAUUUAAAAGAAAGCCUAUAUGGAUAUUACUAAACACAUCACCUCCAACCUCUUUUAGUAUUUUAUUUAUCAAAUUACUAUCUUGUUCUACAGUAUUUCACUGCAAACCUUUGCAGACAUCAAAUUUUCUAGAAUCUUUGAAGAAAAUACAUCACAAAACACGAAACUAUGUUUAUCAAGUAUUAACAUUACAAAAUGUGGGACUCAAAACUCUGAAGUCAGCAGCCAUAAUAAUAAUAAUAAUAAUAAUAAUAAUAAUAAUAAUAAUAAUAAUAAUCUGUUAAGUCAGUCACUGUGCAGCAUCACAGCUCCUCUGAUUUCUAUGUGGUCUUGGCAGGAGGUUCAAUUUAAGUGCAUGAACAAGUCAAAACUAUUUCAUGAACCACAUUCUCAUAUACAUGGAUUCAUGUUUCAGCUGUAAAAAUAUAAAAGUACCAUAACACUGGAUUUUGCUGUUCAUUAAAUCUAGAUGAGAACCUGACUAAACUGAGCCAAAGGUUAUCAGAGAACUGUUAUGUCUGAUGAUUAUCGUCUCUGUGGGACAGUUAUUAACCACAAACCAUUUAUAUUGACUGUAGAGCCCUGGUUGCUGAUCUCAUGUCUGCCUCUCCAGAUAAAGCACACACUUAUCUGUAUACUGCCAUAAAGAGUUAUUCAAUAAAAUUAAGUUUUGACUGAAACUAAA